AUUUUUUCAACACAUUUUGGUUUACACGAUAUUUGAGGUUGAUACAUUAUUAAUCCACUAGAGGAACGUGAAAGAAUUAAAUUACUCAUCAUUAUUAAUAUUGGGAAUACAAAGAGACCGUUAUAAAUGCCGCUGAUUUGUUCAAUGAUACAUAUCCUGACAGAAUUUCUUAUAUUUCCAAUUCUACAAUUUAUCAAAUUCUAAUUAAACUGGAACAGUAAAAAAUACUCUUGGUUGUAAACUAAAGAGAAUAGGCACAAAUAAAGAUAAUAAUAUAAUCAUAAGAAAAUAUGAAAAAGAAAUGAAAUAAGUAACAUGGAAUAAGACCCUCAGGUCUGAAACAAUCGAAAAGAUUUCUUUCCUAUUCCGCCAACUGGUCCGAAAAGGCCCUUUCAUUGAACAAAGACGAGUUAUUGGUAUGGAUUACUGGACCCUGUCCGGUGAACAACCAUCUGAAGAACAUCGAAAAAACACCCGACAGCUCUUGUCGCUCCUAUAAAGAACCAAAGAAAACCGCCGACCACCUUCUUUGUGAGUAAUAUAGAUAUUAGUAAGAGAUAUGGAAGAAGCAUACUUCAAAAAAUUCCUUUUUUAUCCUACACCUGUCUUAAAUGAAGAUGUUGAGGUAAGCGAUUACAGUUCUGCAAAACAAUUAUGAAUGGAAUUGAUGUAAGUAAUACAUUUACGAAUGAGCCACGAUGAACCAACAUUUUGUUUGAACGGAUUCGUAAACCAAGCUAAUUUCCAGUAUUGCUGAGAUAAUAGUCCGCAUUAGAUAGUAAAAUGUCCUAAAUUUUAUCAACAAAAUCUAACAUUUGGUGUGGAAUGGUAAGAGGAAAAAUAAUUAGAUAUUAAGUCGUUUGCUCGCAAUUCGCAAAUCGAAUUGAUCGUUUGUGGUUAUCAGGAGAAAUUUGGUUUCGGCAGGAUGGUGCUUCACUUCAUUAUGCUGCUAGGGCUAGAUAAUACCUGUAUUUCCGAACAAAUGGGUGAGCCUAAAAGAUUAUAUUGAAUGGCAGUAAAGUCACCGGAUUCUUAUCUCCACUGGAUUUUUAUCUUGGAGGCUAAUAAAUUGAUCGUCUAUAAGAAUUUACUCAAACUCUAUAAGAACUAAAAGAUUUAAACAGAGUUAUUCAAAGUUCAAAAUUUGCUGUCAGGCAGCCGAAGGUUCAACAACUAUUAUUAAUAAAUGUCGAAUUUUCAAUUAUUGUUAAUUUUGUACUAUAAUAUUACAUUGGAAUUUGAUGUUGAUGAAACAUAAGUCAAACGACAGCAGGUCCAGCUUCCUUCUGGCGAACUAUCAGACCCUCUAAGAUCUUUAUCUGAUUUGAGUUAUUUAAUGUAUAAAACAUUAUUUGUACUCCUUAAUGACGCUAAUGACCACGCGUUCGAUGAGUAUUAUCAAAUAAAAAAUAACCGUAAGCCGUAUGUCACAGAUCUACUACAUUUUGUAUCAGAAAAAUUCAGUUAUAUCAUAUCUACACAUAAAAAAAUGGAAAUACAAACAUACAAUAUGAAAGACAAUUUUCAUAAAAGUUAUAAUUAGGAAAUUCUGCGUUCCGCCAAUUUUGCCUAACACUGUAUGUACGAAUUUCGGCGUAUUCAAAGACAUUAAAGAUAUAAAUAUCAAAUUCACGAACAAGAUAUUUCUAUUUAGUAUAAAUCGGGAUAUUUUCAGUUUUAAAGUAUCCGUAAAAUUUUAACAUAUUUUGCCAAAACUAAUAAUUUAUAUUAAUAUUUCAGCUGCCGUUAACAAUGGCUAAGCCAAUGAAUUUUGAAGUCAAUGCACGGAAUAAAACCAUCAAAAGAUCUGCAAUAUUGUUCCCGGACGAUCUAAACUUCGUUUUGGACGAGGCACCAGCAUGUGCUACAGAUUCAACAUAUUGCGAAGAAUAUGAAGACUACCCGGAACAACAUUUAAAAAAUCUUUUGAACUGGCAUCAGAUGAACAAGAAUCUCUUCGGAAUUGAUGUAGCACCAUUAUUAGAUACCAGAGAUGAUGAUGAAGAGUUUGUUUGCAAAUCUAGGGUUACAACAAUAUUUCCAAAAAUAGCUAAAAAUACAAGGAACGCAUGGAAAAUUAUUAUAAAUCAAGGAGACAACGAAGAAUAUAAACAGGGUGUGGUGGUGGAAAGGUGCUUAACGGCAGGUAGAAAAUGUGAUGUUAUUGGUGAAAAGUCGCAAUACUUCAUCACAGCUUGUAAACAGAAAUACAUCUAUAGACGUCUCCUUUCUUUAAACGAUGUCGGUUUACCUGAGUUAGAUAGUUUCAAGCUUCCUUCGGCAUGCUGUUGUUCAUAUAGAAGGAAAUUUGAUUUUAGUUUCCAAUGGAGGACUUAAAAGCAUCUUAUUUCCGUCCAGUAUUUUGGCAAUUCUAAAUCAACAAGGUGAAUACGAUUCCUUCUUCUAUCAAGGAUAUACUUUUACAAGAAGAUACUAAUACUGCGAAGCACAAUCAACUGAAACUGAGGAAUACAUCUUAGAAGAGGAACAUAUUAUAGAAACGUCAGAUGAUGAUGAAAAUAGAAGAAGUGAAGUGUAGAAUGAUGAUGAAGAGAAUUAAUGUAAAAACUAAUGUAGAUUACAUUAAAACUAAUAAAAUGUAUUGUAUUUAUUA